AUGAACGUGGACAUGGACGUAGACGUGGACGUCGACGUGGACGCGGACGUGGACGUGGACGUGGACGUGGUCGUGGACGCGGACGUGGACGUGGACGUGGACAUGGACGUAGACAUGGUCGUGGACGUGGACAUGGACGUGGACGUGGACGCGGACGUGGACGUGGGCGUGGACGUGGAGGACGUGGACGUGGAGGACUUGGACGUGGACGUGGACGUGGACGUGGACGUGGACGUGGAGAACUUGGACGUGGACAUGGACGUGAACGUGGACCUGGACGUGGACAUGGACGUGGACGUGGACGUGGACGUGGACGUGGACGUGGAGGUGGACGUGGACGUGGAGGACGUGGACGUGGACGUGGACGAGGACGUGGACGUGGACGUGGAGAACUUGGACGUGGACAUGGACGUGAACGUGGACGUGGACGUGGACGUGGAGGACUUGGACGUGGACAUGGACGUGGACGUGGAGUGGACGUGGACGUGGACUGGACGUGGAGUGGACGUGGACGUGGACGUGGACGUGGACGUGGACGUGGAGAACUUGGACGUGGACAUGGACGUGAACGUGGACGUGGAUAUGGACGUGGAGGACUUGGACGUGGACAUGGACGUGGACGUGGACGUGGACAUGGACGUGGACGUGGACGUGGACGUGGACGUGGACGUGGACAUGGACCUGGACAUGGACGUGGACGUGGACGUGGACAUGGACGUGGACGUGGACAUGGUCGUGGACGUGGACGUGGACGUGGACGUGGACAUGGACGUGGACGUGAACAAGACGUGGACUGGACGUGGACGUGGACGUGGACGUGGAGUGGACGUGGACGUGGACGUGGACGUUGACGUGGACGUGGACGUGGACGUGGACGUGGACGUGGACGUGGACGUAGACGUGGACGUGGACAUGGACGUGGACGUGGACGUGGACGUGGAGGACGUGGACGUGGACGUGGACGUGGACGUGGACGUGGACGUGGAGAACUUGGACGUGGACAUGGACGUGGACGUGGAGGACUUGGACGUGGACAUGGACGUGGACGUGGAGUGGACGUGGACGUGGACGUGGACUGGACGUGGAGUGGACGUGGACGUGGACGUGGACGUGAACGUGGACGUGGACGUGGACGUGGACGUGGACGUGGACGUGGAGGACGUCGACGUGGACGUGGACGUGGACGUGGACAUGGACGUGGACGUGGACAUGGACAUGGACGUGGACGUGGACGUGGACAUGGACGUGGACCUGGACAUGGACGUGGACGUGGACGUGGACGUGGACAUGGACGUGGACGUGGACAUGGUCGUGGACGUGGACGUGGACGUGGACGUGGACAUGGACGUGGACGUGGACGUGGACAUGGACGUGGACAUGGACAUGGACAUGGACGUGGACGUGGACGUGGACAUGGACGUGGACCUGGACAUGGACGUGGACGUGGACGUGGACAUGGACGUGGACGUGGACAUGGUCGUGGACGUGGACGUGGACGUGGACGUGGACAUGGACGUGGACGUGAACAAGACGUGGACUGGACGUGGAGUGGACGUGGACGUGGACAUGGACGUGGACGUGGACGUGGACGUGGACGUGGACGUGGACGUGGACGUGGAGGACGUGGACGUGGACGUGGACGUGGACGUGGAGAACUUGGACGUGGACAUGGACGUGAACGUGGACGUGGACGUGGACAUGGAGGACAUGGACGUGGACAUGGACGUGGACGUGGACGUGGACAUGGACGUGGACGUGGACGUGGACGUGGACGUGGACGUAGACGUGGACAUGGACGUGGACGUAGACGUGGACGUGGACGUGGACAUGGACCUGGACAUGGACGUGGACGUGGACGUGGACAUGGACGUGGACGUGGACAUGGUCGUGUACGUGGACGUGGACGUGGACGUGGACGUGGACAUGGACAUGGACGUGGACGUGGACGUGGACAUGGACGUGGACGUGGACGUGGACGUGGACGUGGACGUAGACGUGGACAUGGACGUGGACGUAGACGUGGACGUGGACGUGGACAUGGACCUGGACAUGGACGUGGACGUGGACGUGGACAUGGACGUGGACGUGGACAUGGUCGUGUACGUGGACGUGGACGUGGACGUGGACAUGGACGUGGACGUGAACAAGACGUGGACGUGA